AUGGCCUCUGCCGACGGCGCGUCUCCCCAUGUGAAAUCCCCGACCGAGCGUAACCUGAAACAGGUUGUACUAGGUGACCUUUUAUUCAAGACUUGGUAUCAAUCGAUCUAUCCUGAAGAUCUUGUGAGCAAGGACACAGACCGUUUAUAUGUCUGUUGCUGGUGUUUCUGUUACUCGUGCGACGUGAACAGCCAUGUAAAGCAUAUGCGACUUUGCCAACACCGGACAACACCUCCCGGCGCCCAGGUCUAUGAACAUGGCGGAUAUUCAGUAUGGGAGGUGGACGGAGAAGAACACAAGCUCUAUGCCCAAAACCUCUCGCUCUUCGCCAAGUUGUUUCUCGAUCACAAGUCCGUAUUCUUUGACGUCGCGACUUUUCUGUACUACAUCCUCACGUUCACCGAUCCUGAGAACCCCGAAAAAUACCAUAUUCUAGGAUUUUUCUCCAAGGAGAAACUGUCCUGGGACGCGAACAACCUUGCCUGCAUUUUGGUCUUCCCGCCUUACCAACAUAAGCAGCUGGGAAAGUUAUUGAUGGGUGUUAGUUAUAAAAUCAGUGGCUGGGAAGAAGAUGCGGGUUUCAUAGGCGGUCCCGAGAAGCCGCUGAGUGAUAUGGGUACGCGAAGCUAUUCCCGCUUCUGGCAAGAACGGAUCGGAAGGCGUUUGUUGUUGGACGAUACAGAUGCUUUUGUACAAGAGACACAGCCCGUCAAAGAGACUCGGAAACGGCAUUCAGCAACUUUCAUGACCGUCAGGGAUAUAGGGCAGGCUACUGGGAUGCUGACGGAGGACGUGAUUACGGCCCUCAGAGGAAUGGACAUUGUUCAACCUGAGACGCCUUCCAAAAGGCGAAAGGCAAAGCAGGCUGCCGAUGAGCCUGAUCACUAUGCCACAAUCCGCAAGUCAGACCUGCUGCGGUGGAUGGAAAGUCGCAAAAUCUCGCUACAAGAUCCGGUCAGGGAUGAAAGAUUCAUCGGCAGAUGGGCCCUUAGAGACACGUCUGAUGAGAAUGAUAGUAGCGCGGGUGAAGGGGAGGAAGAAGAAGAAGAAGACGAUUCACAUACUGCAUAA